CUAGGAAUAUAACUAGCAGAUGCUGAGAAAAAAACAAGGGAGGGCCUGACUGGCUGAGGUCAUAUCCCCAUGGCUACUCUGUGUUCAGUAAGCUGCUUCAGUUGCUCUUUGACUUUAGGAACACAACUGCAUUCCUUGACUCUGGCUGAUUUGUUUUGACUGCCUCACAGUUUUCCAGCAUUCAUUAACUUCGUAAACUGCUGCUCACAAGACACUCGACAGAGGCUGUUUUUCUGCCCAGCUUCUUUGGCUAUUGUGUACUUUGCUUCAUUCCGGCUUCUUGAUGCCAACAAGCACGUUCUAAAUAAGGGUCUAUAUGACUGUGAGGAACAUCUAGUCAGUGGAUGUGUGGUAAUGAUUAACUGAAGAUGACGGGUCCUUGGACAACAUGUUGCAAUAAAAAAAACAUACCCAAGAAUGAGUUACAUGAAUUGGACUCAGUGGCAGAGAACAAGAAGGAAAAAAUGCAAAUGAAACAAGAAAUCACCUUGCUUAAUGGCAUUUCUUUAAUUGUAGGGAACAUGAUUGGAUCAGGGAUAUUCGUAUCGCCCAAGGGUGUGCUAAAGUAUAGUGGCUCGUAUGGACUUGCACUCUUCCUCUGGGCCCUUGGUGGGAUCUUCUCCUUGUUUGGAGCAUUGUGUUAUGCUGAACUGGGGACAUCCAUAAUUAAAUCAGGAGCAAGCUAUGCCUAUAUUCUAGAAGCUUUUGGAGGAUUUAUAGCUUUUAUCAGACUAUGGUCUUCUUUGUUGAUCAUUGAACCUACCACUCAGGCAGUCAUAGCAAUUACUUUUGCUAAUUAUAUUGUUCAGCCAAUAUUUCCAUUUUGUGAGCCACCCUAUGGAGCAGUUAGGUUGAUUGCAGCAGCCUGCAUCUGCUCUCUGACUUUUAUUAAUUGUGUCAAUGUGAAGUGGGGAACCCGAGUACAGGAUCUUUUCACAUAUGCAAAAGUGAUGGCUCUUAUUAUGGUCAUAGCUGUGGGCCUUUAUAAAAUUAGCCAAGGAGAAACGGAAAACCUCAAGGAACCAUUUGAAGGCUCCACAACAAAAGCAGGAUUUGUUGCACUUGCUCUUUAUUCUGCCCUCUUUUCCUACUCUGGAUGGGACACGUUGAAUUUUGUCACUGAAGAAAUGAAAAACCCAGAAAGAAACCUUCCACUUUCCAUUGCCAUAUCAAUGCCUAUAGUGACUAUUAUUUACUUGCUGACCAAUGUGGCCUACUAUGUCGUAUUGGACAUGCCUGCUCUUUUAGCAAGUGAUGCCGUGGCUGUGACAUUUGGUAAUGAAGCUCUUAGCCAUGCUAAGUGGAUCAUCCCUAUUGCAGUGGCAAUGUCGUGUUAUGGAGGAUUAAACUCAUCAAUUAUUGCAGCUUCAAGACUAUUUUAUGUUGGAGCCAGAGAAGGACAUCUCCCUGAUAGUCUGAGCUUACUUCAUAUAAAAUGUUUUACCCCUGUUCCUGCUCUUGUUUUUAAUGGUUUAAUGACUUUGAUUUACCUCCUUGUGGAAGAUGUCUUUCUCCUGAUAAAUUACUACUGUUUCAGCUAUUGGUUCUUUGUUGGACUAUCCAUUGCAGGAUUAGUAUAUUUAAGGUAUAUCCAGCCAGAUAGGCCAAGGCCCAUUAAACUCAGUCUGUUCUUUCCCAUUGUAUAUUGCAUAUGCACCAUUUUCCUAGUUAUAGUGCCUCUCUACAGUGAUACAAUCAAUUCUAUUAUUGGAAUUGGAAUUGCACUCUCUGGAAUUCCUGCUUACUUUUUGGGAGUUUAUUUAUCAGUAGAAAAGAGACCUUGGUAUCUUCAGUGGCUUUCUGCUACCACUACAAAGUAUGUUCAGAUGUUAUUCUACUGCUGUCUGACAGACAUGGACAUUGAAACAGAAACAAAGGAAAUGAAAGCAAAGUAGACUUAUUUAGACAAUUACUACACUUCACGCAUCCGAGCAGCUGGAAAUACUCCUUUGUGCUGUAGAACAUACCAAGAGAUGUAUAACUGUACUGUGCAUAAUUUUGCUGUUUUUUCAAUCUGUCCUACUUUAUCCACCUUUUCUUUGUUGUUAUCAGUUUGCGGGAUUUCUUAAUGCCAGUUCUGUACAUAAUAAUUACACUUUAAAAAAAAAUUAAAUAAGCUGCCCAUCAUACCGAAGCAAGCACUUACAAUGUGCUAGGGAUUUAGAGUUCAUGAGAAAAGUGAGACAGUUACCAACUGAAUCUAGAACUCUAGGAAGGAAAAGUAAAAUAAUGGCAGGAGGGGAAUCUAAAAAUAUCAUCUUUUAAAAUCUCAAGUCCACCCUUAUACAUUUUAAGGUAUUGUAGGUCUUUUACAGAUGGAAGGUGUCCAAUUCAUUUUGUGGAUGAAUGUGACUAGUCUGCAUCAAUGGAGUAACAUCUUGUGGCACUGAGUCAAAGAAAUCCAUGGAAGGGUAUCAGUGGAGCAGUAAAGAGAUAUUGUAUGCCCUAAAGUUUAGCUUCAGCAUUGAAACGGCAAAUGUUACUGUCACUGUUAUACCACAGUUUGCCUUUUCUCCUUGGAUAUUAAUUACUGUAUUAUGAAAAAAAAACUCUGUAUUUAGUAGAGAACCUUGCUGUUAGCAGCGUCUUCAGAAGAAUACCUGUAAGGGCUGUUGACAUAUCAAGUGUUCUAUUAUGAAUGUUAUUCUGUAAUUAACAGUUAUGACACCAGAACCAGGCUGUCAGUGAGAACUAUGUAUGCCACAUUACCAUGUUUUCUUCUAAAUCUUCAACAGUCUGUAGUACUGUAAGAUACUGUAUGUGCAUGCAUCAAUCAGCAUUUUUAUUUUUUUUUCAGUCCAAGCAUUUUAUAUAUUUUUUUUAAAAAGCAUGCUGUAUUGAUAGAUGACUGUCAAGCUUACUUCAGUUUUAAAUAAACCUGAGUUUUAAAUAACUGCUUUGUUUUAAAACAUUAGGAACUAAUGUGCCAGUGCAUACAUAAUUGGAGAAUCAUAAUUCCCACAUAUUGCUAAGGCUUUUUCUGGAAC